AUGGGCGACCAGCAUCAGGUCCAUGUCUGGGAGAACACGUACAUCAUGGCGCCGAAGGAUGAUGAGAAGAUGCUGCCGUCGAAAGUAACGGCUGUCAUCAAGAACGUCAUGGAAGGCUACUUGCAGGACAAGGAGUAUGCCGUGGAGGAUGCCAAAGCCUGGACGUUGGACUUGAGCAACGAAAUCAAGGCCUGCGUGAAGCAAGAUCUGAAUAUCCCUCGCUACAAGAUCAUCGUCCAGGACCGUUGUUGCAAGGGCACAUGA